UUUGUUCUUGAUCUUGUUGGUUCUUGAUUUCUUGUCCUUAGGCUUUUAUCAGCAUCAAUUUUAGGGUUUCUUGGAAAUCGAAGUGGUUUUUAUUGGACAAGUGGGUUUCUUUUCAUUAGCAAUCGUUUUGUCGCGAUCUCUCUGCUGAUUAUGCGGUCAAAUUUCUUUGGAAAAUCGGUUUCUUUUUCUUUGUAUUCCCCUCCGUUGAAUUGUAGAUCUUUAAACUGUUCAUACUAUUCUUAAAAUGGCGUUCUUUUAGAUGGAAACGGCUGAGCGGAUAUGAUUGAUUUGAAAAAUAAUCAUUGUUGUUAUUGUUUAUUUGGGAAAUCUUCGUACUUCAUAUGAUUUAGCUAAAGAAAAGGCGAAAACUUUCUAGUUAAUUGACGAUGAUCUACGUCUGAGAUGCCAUUCCUGCUUUUUUAGUUGUGGAUUCUUUUGAUCUUUAAUCUUGAUUUUGUUUAUUCGUGAAGAAUAAAAAAACAUUUAGUAUAGAAACCUUGCGUUGUAUUAUUAAUUCUAGAGAUCUCCAAUUUGAAUUAGGAGAGGAAGAAGCUUAAUGGGGUUUUAAGAAAUCUUCGUAAGAAUUGAAUCUUGUACAAUUGGUCUUGAUUUGCAAUUUUGAGUAUUUCUAGCGUUGCAUUUUAAUUGGAGCCGAUGGAUUUAUGGUCUUACAAUCUUGCAAUUGUCAUCCCGCCUGUCGAUUUGAAGUUUCAGGAGAUAAUCUUUUGCUUUAAUUUCUAUAUUUAUUCUUUUGCACUCAAGAUUUUGGGGGGCUUAAUUGAACCGAUGUUGUUACCACUUUAAUUUGUUCACGUAUAGUUUGAGCUUUGUUUAUCCAACCUUCUGAUAGACCUAUAUGGAUGGAGCAAAUUAGCUGUCCAUCUUGUAGUUAUUACGAUACUUAGCUUCUAUGGGAAGAAUUGAAUUCUUUCUUUCUUUUCUCUAUUAAUAAAUUUAUAUUCUUGUUCACUUUUGGGGAUUUUGAUAAGCUUUUAGGGAAUUUAGCAUUCAGUUGUUGGCUCAGAAAUAUUAAUUUGACAGUAUCCCUUUUAUCAGCGAAACUAGAAUGUGGCGGUCACGAGAGCUUUAUUGAGCUCUCAAGUAGUUCUAAUGUUGUUAAUGUUCACAUCAGAACUUUAUUUCUGUUGAGUUGUUAAUGCAUUGUUAAAUAUUUGACCUUUUUUCUUUCCUAGGAUGACUGAAUAUUUUCUGUAUGCUUGUCAAGAUGGAGCUACAUUUUCAACAUAUUAACUAUGUGAUGCAAUGCCUGUUCAAUGAUCUUGAAAAGCCUGAGAUUAAAUGCCUGUUCAAUGCUUCAAGUGAUCAGCGGGGAAGUAUAUUUGUUUGUUUUCUUCAGUUCUCAACUGUUAAAGAGUUCAUGUCUGAUCUGGACGUCCAGCUCCCCACUGCUUUUGACCCGUUUGCCGAAGCAAAUGCUGACGACUCUGGUGCUGGUGCAAAGGAAUACGUGCAUGUGCGGGUACAACAGCGGAACGGCAGGAAGAGUUUAACCACCGUGCAAGGAUUGAAAAAGGAGUUCAGUUAUAACAAGAUCUUGAAGGACCUGAAGAAGGAGUUCUGUUGCAAUGGUACUGUCGUCCAAGAUCCAGAGUUAGGGCAGGUUAUUCAACUCCAAGGUGAUCAGCGAAAGAAUGUGUCUAACUUUCUUAGUCAGACCGGCAUAGUGAAGAAGGAAUACAUCAAGAUUCAUGGUUUCUGAGUCCAUGCUUGUUUAGCUAUCCGAGCAGUGUGUGACAUUUGGUAGCUUGUUUCUGCUUUGUUUGCUUGAUACCUGAACUCUCAAGACAUCCGAAUAAGAUGGAAUAUUUGAAAGGAACCUUAUCCACAUUAAGAGAAGUGUAUUUGUUCGUGUUGGAUCAUCGCUUGUGUAUAAGAGGCCUCAAUUUUCUUUAGUAUAAAUGUAUAAUUCUAAGUCUCAAUGUGAUUCCAAUAUGCGCAAAACAUUUUUUGGGUUGUACAAUCGUCACAAAGAGUGUAUUUGAAAGGGAACUCUUUUUCUUC